CCCAGCGAGUCCCACGCUGUCCCACUCUUGUCGCCUGGCCUUUUUCCUCGGUAGCAUAGUCUUACCGUUGCCGGAGAUGAGGAGCUUGACGACGUCUCUCGUGGCGGCGCUGCUGCUGCUGUCGGCGCGAGCAGCUGUGGCAGAGCCGUCGACUGCCACCCCGGCACCUACCGCCUGUGACGACAAUUACUCGUGCCCGGAGGGCACGACCUGCUGCUGCAUCUAUCGGCAGGGCGACGAUUGCUUCACCUGGACCUGCUGCCCGCUCCAGGGCACCACCUGCUGCGACGACAGCUACAGCUGCUGCCCCCAUGACUACGGCUUCUGCAACACCAAUCUUGGAACCUGCCUCAUGGGCCAGGACAGCCCGCUGUCAGUGAAGGCUCUGAAGCGUACCAUGGCCAAGCCGCAUUGGGCUUUCUCGUCAGGACCCAAGACUACCAUGUCUGAAUCUACCCAAGAAUUCGAAACUUGCUACAACAGUGAUCAGAUCUCUAGCAUAUUAUAAAGGUCUAGUGAACGGCUGGGAUAUUAUGAAGGACAAUCUGACAGCAUAGAUUCAGUUUUCUCUUUUUUUUUUUGAGAAAAGUUUUUUCUCUUUUAGCUUUCACCUUCAGAUGUCCUUCAUUUUUAACUAACUACCUUUUACUUUUACCACAAUGAUUCGUCUUGUGGAUAUAGAGCCGAUUAAAGAGAACUCCUUCAAAGAUUUCGUUAGGGCAUCUCCAACACUGACCCGCAACCGGAUACCGCAUCGUCAACAAGAAUACCCAGGAGCAAAUUCCAUUCCUGGCUCUGCCACUGAAUGUGGAGAAGGUGCCUGCGAAGGGGAGGAGGGUGCACGUGGUAAAAAAAAGGCGGGUGUACGUGCCGAAGGAGUGGACGGGAGUUCUGAAAGAGUAGUUUUUUUUUGAAAAGGAGGAUGACCCCCGGCCUCUGCAUCUGGGAUAUACAUACGGCCAUUUUAUUGA